CUCUGUGUUAAUAGUGAUUUUUUUUAAACGAGGGAGAAUCCAUAAAUCUUCGUUCGAAAGCAAAUAAUAAUCGUGAUUGUAAAAUAGACUAGCAAAAAAAUUAGCACAAAAAGAAAUUAAGUAUAGGCCUCAAUUAUACUGAAAGCUUACGUUUUUUUUUUCUGAGAUUUUUACCUAUUCUGUGUGGCUCCAUCAAGCUGCCAACAAAAAAGUCAUAGUAACAUUAGAAUAUUAAAUGUUUAUAAUUGAAACAAUUUCAAAUUCGUAAGAACUAAGGAAACUAAAUAAGAAUCAAUAUUUUUUUGAUGAGGAAUCAAUUAACAUUUUGCUCAAUAUAUAACAAAAAGUUUCCGCAUUUCGAGGUUAUGUUUUUGACGUCAUUGAAAAAUCUUAAAUCCUUUGUUUACUGCGCACUUUCGGUUUGAUAUUUUUUAUUUUCGUAGUUUUACUUGUAUCCACAGACAUUUUUAACACUUGAGGAGUUUUUUUGAACAUUUUUCUUUAAAAAUGAAGUUGACAUUUUUUUUUUGGCUCUUCUGAAUUCUCUUAUUUCUCGUAUUUAGGACAGGAAUGAAAAUCAAUUUCGGAAAUUGUUAAAGUCGAGUUAAAAAAUAUGAAAAAACUACCAAAGAAAUUUGUUUCAUUCAUUUUUAUAAUUAAUAAGUUAUUUUAAUUUAAAAAAAAUAAUUUUUGGCGCUUAAAUUAUCAUAUUUUAAAAGAUAAAUUUAUAAUCAAAAAAAAUGUGAAUAAAGAAAGUUUUCACUUGAGGUUUUUCAAUGGUAAACUUUUUUAAAAAGAAAAUGUAGCACUUACUGACGUCAUGAACAUAAACUAGGAGUUUCCUUUCCCGUGUUGCCAAUGUUAUUAUUUUUCUUACCUAGCAAAUUAUACUAAUCGCAUAUUUAUAUGUAUGUUUGGUUGCCUACAUAAACAUCCUUCAAUAUUAUCGUUAUGUAAAUAGAUGUCAUGCGUAUCACGUAUAAUAGAAAGUAAUAAAAAUUUUUUCGUUUAACAAACCGGUAUAAACAAUUUAUAAUUUGUGAAAAAAAAGUUGUUUUUCUUCAAAGUUCGUGUUGUAUAUUUUGUGAUAUAAAGAAAAAUUAUCGUGGCUGCAAAUUUUAAGAAACAACCGAUGGCGGUUAGAAAAAAGUCUGGUCCAAAGUUCGAACUAAACGACGAACAAAAAAACGAUAUAAAAGAAGCUUUCGAUCUAUUCGACAACGAGGGUAGCGGAAAAAUAGACGCAAAAGAUUUAAAAGUAGCGAUAAGAGCUUUGGGAUUCGAACCAAAGAAAGAGGAAAUUAAAAAGAUGAUAGCGGACAUCGAUAAAGACGGUACAGGAGAAAUAUCUUUCGAAGAUUUCUUACAGUUGAUGUCUGUAAAAAUGGCCGAGAAAGAUUCCAAGGAGGAAAUUAUGAAAGCUUUCAGGUUGUUCGAUGACGACGAAACUGGUAAAAUCAGUUUUAAAAAUUUAAAACGAGUCGCUAAAGAACUCGGCGAGAAUUUAACGGAUGAGGAAUUACAAGAAAUGAUCGACGAAGCCGAUAGGGACGGGGACGGGGAGAUAAACCAGGAAGAAUUCCUAAGAAUAAUGAAAAAAACUAGUUUAUAUUAGAAAUUUAGUGUUAAAUGUGAUUUAGGUUUGUUUUUUUUUAUAUUUUUUUAAUUGGAAGUACAUCUACAACGCACUGUAUGCAAUUUAAAACACGAAUAAACCAAAUUUUAUUGCAUAAAGUUGUUUUAAUCAACUGUAUUAACCCAUUUACGGAAAAAAAUCGUACAAACAUACUUG